GUGACGGUGCUAUAGUAGAGCCGAGAGAUCCAGCCUCAGUCAGUGAACGCUGCUGCUGCUGCAUGGUGGCUCAAGGGCAAAGCCUUUAAACUCCCCCCUUUUGGAUACUAACACUACUCCCUGGGUAUUUUGCAUCGGGAUUACUAUACCCUCUUUCAUUGAGCAAGACACACUGUAUCCUGGGUGCAGACCUUGGAUUGUUCAGAGUGCGGGGCUACUUUUUCCACCGUGAGAGAGAACACCAGGUGUUCCACUAUCUCACCCUCGACUGGGAGAGCGCACUUGUUGACCUGAGGGUUUUUUUUGGCCAAACUUUCCCAGGGAUAAUUAUCUCACAAUUCAUCCUAAACAUAGACUCCGAGUCCAGCAGGAGACAGCGGUUUGGCACCCUCCAGGGAUGGUGGAUAACACUCCGGUUAGCGAGGAGACUUUUCUUCACACUGGAUCUCCGCAGGCCUACGUGGUGACGGACCUGAGCUCCUACCAGGUGAUGCCGUCGCCGUUUUCGGAGGACGACCUGAGCGAGUCGUCCAGCCCUCGGUCCUGCUCCAGCCCGGACUCCCAGCUGCUCAGCUCCAGCUAUGGCAGCACCUCCAGCGCAGAGAGCCAGGACAGCAUGCUGGAUCAGCUGCUGUCCCAGGCCUCGCUAGGAGGAGCUAACGGUGUGCCUUCAGGAUCCGUGGCCCAGAUAUCCUCUUUCUUCUGUGACUCCAGGAGAGACGGGUCCUCCAAACGGGAGUCCGUCAAAGAGGAACAGUUUGACUUCCUCACCUGGUCCAAUGUGGAGGCGGAGGAACAACCUGGAGGCUCCUUCCAGCCCACACUGGAGGAGAUCGAAGAGUUCCUGGAGGAGAAUAUGGAAGUGGUUACGAUGAAGCAGGAAAUCAGAGAGGGUUGUCUCGAGUUGGGACUGGAGGAGGCUCUUGGUCUUGGAGUUGGUUUGGAGUGGUGCAGGGACGCCUCCCCCGUGCCUAAACUCGAACCAGAGGCCAAACAUUCAGACCAAACCGUCCCCACUGCUGCCUCCAGUGAGACCAAAACCACAUCGGUCGACCCAGCACAUGAAUCCAGCAAAGACGCCAACAAGGCUUCAGCCAACAAGGCUUCAGCCAACAAGCCUUCAGCGGUCGUCCUGCAGAUUCAGCCCCUUCAGAUAAAGCAAGAGCCCACAGCUGCUCCUCUGACGCCGGCCGCCCAGCCCCCUCCGCCGGCCGCAGCCUCAGACAUCAAAAUCGCACAGCUUCUGGUCAACAUCCAGGGCCAGACCUUUGCCCUGGUGCCCCACAUCGUGCCCAACCCCGGCCUGAACGUCUCCUCCAAGUUCGUUCGCAUCGCUCCCGUCCCCAUCGCCUCCAAGCCUCUGGGGUUCGGGGACGGCUCGGCCAGCCUCGGCUCGGGGAUUCUCGUCGGGGGUCAAAAGUUUCAGAAGAACCCGGUGGCGGAUCUUAUCAAAAUGCACAAAUGCACUUUUCCUGGAUGCACCAAGAUGUACACCAAGAGCAGCCACCUGAAGGCCCACCUGAGGAGGCACACGGGGGAGAAGCCUUUCGCCUGCAACUGGCAGGGCUGUGGAUGGAGGUUUUCCCGAUCAGAUGAGCUGUCCAGACACCGGCGUUCCCACUCAGGAGUGAAGCCCUACCAGUGUCCGGUUUGCGAGAAGAGGUUCGCCCGCAGCGACCACCUGUCAAAACACAUCAAAGUCCACCGCUUUCCACGAAACAGCCGGACCGUUCGCUCAGCAAACUGAAGCCGGGAUGCGUCUGUAACAGAAACAGGAGCACAGUGUGAAUGUUCAUCAGUUAUAUGUGAGGGUUAUGUCAGUGGAAGCAUGCCUUGCCUUCAUCCGUCUGUGAUUGUCCUAAUUUAUUGUACAAAGACUGACACGUCCUGCCAGCGUGUGUUGCCCGAGCAGGAGAUUAGAUUAGUUUAUUUACCGUCAGUCUGGAUCAUGUGAUACCCUCAGUGAUAGUCUUGCAUGUCCCUUUUACCUGGGUCAAAACGACUGCCUUUAACCGUCCUGAAAGCUGCCAGUGUCGUGGACAUUCCUCGUCUUAUGCAAAGUUUGGGAACUCGGAGGACGUUACUCUUCACUCCACUUGGGGUCCGCAGGGAGUUUUUUUCCCCUGUUUUAUUCUACUUUUUGCUGCCUUGCUCCACAUUACAGCUGACCAGUUGUUUAUUCACAUCCUACAGCAGCUUUGUAAACCUGCUGGGACAUGAGGAGGAGAAUCACAAAGCCACACAAGGCUUCUAAACUGGAAAAGUGUUGAAUCUGCCUUGUGAUCAGUGUUUGUUUGUUGUUUUGUAAAGCUAAAUCAUGUGAAUCUACUUGCUACCAAGCCCCCAGGAAGAGCACCGGCCGUUGAAGCUAAUUUCCCUAGUGGCCAAACACUGGUACUACAACUUCUGUUCUAGUUUGUGUUGCUCAAAAAAAAGUUUCCCAUUGACUUGCAUUGGGAAAGAGAUGUCUGUGAAUCAACGGAUCAGCUAAAUAAACUACCCAGCACGAACACUUUUAUAGCCCUUAUUUAAGAUUAUUAGGGUCUAUACGUUGAGUUCGAGGGAGUUAUUUUACCAUUCAUUUUACUGGGCCAAGAGUGGAAAAUUGGAGGCGGGGCUUAAGACUAGGAGGCGGGGUUAUAGUUUGAGAGGUGGAGCUUGCAUAUGGGAGGCGGGGCUUAAUGCAAACUGAAGUCCAAGAUGAUUUGGGAACUUUUUAAAUCAGUAGUUGCCCCAUUUUUGUCUCCACUGAGCAACUCUCUCCAGUUCUCUUUAUACAUCCAUAUUUGCUACUGGUCUUCUCUUUGUAUAUCUCGCUUUUCUGGCCUUACUGUACCACAAAAUCCUUAUUAGAGAUCCAAAUGGUUUGGGAAGUCAGACUUUAAAUUGGUGUUAAGUGACAAAAAGCCGUCCUUAUAUUGUCCCUGAAUGUCUCAGUCUGCUAUGAUGAUGAUUAUUAAUAUUCUGCUCAUGACUUGACACAAGAUCUGCCUCAAUCCUGCUUUAUCUGUAACCGAAACACCCUGACAGCCUUGUAAGGGGACACCGAGGGAGUGGUGCUAAACUACCAGGACAAAAGGGCUUCUGGGAAACGUAGUCAUCUCUUUUGAGGCCAUACUUUGUAGUUGUUCUCAGACAUCGCCCCGCGGUGAACAUAUAGGGGUGUGGCGAUGCCGUCCAUGUGUGUUACAGCUACAACAAGCAGGGGUACACAACAUUGUGCAUCAUUCCUUCAUUCAAUUUUUGAAUUGUUAACGCUCGUGGGAACACAGGUGUUUUAUCGCAUCCUAUGAAUGUAUGUAAAUAUUCCGGAUCCAGAGAAACACACAGACACCAUAUCUUAAAGAAAAACAAAUCAGUGGUUGUGAAGAUUUCUAGUGUAAACCCUAAAUGUGUACAUAGCUCAACGUUUCAGUACAUAUGGAUAUAUUAUAUAUAUUUUUUCUUUGUUGUAUUGAAGAUGCAUUUACAAAUAAAACUGAAAAGAAAGAAA